GGGAAUUUCCACACGAAAACACCCCUUUUUCUCUUCUAUCCUUUAAGCCGGGCAGCCCAUUGAGCAAACAGGAGACGAUUCACCUUUAACCCGCAGCAAAACGGUAAUUCCCGCACUCCCAGCUGCCGCCGCCGCCCCCUUUCCAGCGCCGGACGGGGAGCGCAUCCCGGCGGUGCGUGGGCGGCAGGUCCCGGUGCGGCCCCGCGGUCCCCGCCCUGUCCCCGCCCCGAGCAGGCGGGGUCCCCUCUGCCUUGUCCGGGCCGCCCAGUCACCGCAGGAUCCCAGUCCCGGAGAGACGGCACCGCAGGAAAAAUGUCAGACGGUUUCUCUUUAUCCGACGCUUUGCCCACCAGCAACAACCCCUCUGCGCCCCCACCCCAGGGCUGGCCCUCCUGGGGGAACCAGCCGCCGGCUCCGGGGGGGUUCCCGGGGUACCCCGGCCCUCCGGGGACCUACCCCACCCCACCACCGGGACCAUAUUCUGGAGCACCGGGACCAUAUCCAGGAGGACCAGGACCAUAUCCAGGAGCACCUGGAGCAUUCCCAGGAGGACCAGCAGGACCAGGGCCGUAUCCUGCCCCAGGACAACCACUCAGCGCUCCUGGAUUUGGGCCCCCACAAGGGGGACCGGCUCCCAUGAAAGUCCCCUUCGAGCUGCCCCUGCAGGCAGGACUCGUCCCCCGGCUGCUCAUCACCAUCACAGGGACCGUCAACCCCAACCCAAACAGGUUUUCGGUGGAUUUCAAGAGAGGGAAUGACAUCGCCUUCCACUUCAACCCCCGCUUCAAGGAAGACAAGAGGGAAGUUAUUGUCUGUAAUUCCAUGUUCCAGAAUAACUGGGGAAAGGAGGAGAGGACGGCUCCGAGGUUUCCAUUUGAAGCUGGAAAACCCUUCAAGCUCCAGGUCCUUUGCGAGGUGGAUCACUUCAAGGUAGCGGUCAACGACGCUCACUUGCUGCAGUACAACUUCCGCGAGGAGAAGCUGAACGAGGUGACCAAGCUUUGCAUCGCUGGGGACAUCACCCUCACUAGCGUCAUGCCCACCAUGAUCUAGGGACCGUGGGGUCGUCUUAACUUGAACUUCCUGCUCUUAACACAGCUGUAACAGAAGUGCCUUCUUAUGCAAAUACUUUGAGGUAAUAAAAUGUACUUUCACAAGUAAAA